GACAAUCCUGGCAAAAUUCCUAAGCAAAGUUUUUUUUUUUUCUUCUUCUUCUCCUUUCUUUUUUUUUUUUUUUUUUUUUUCUCGAGCAGCCCCUAUCCAUGUGCUGCCUCCGAGCCGCUCUCUUAUUACUGCUCACUUCCUGAAAGGAGACUUUUUAGCAAAGCCUCCAACUCCAGCUCUGCCUGGGUCUGACAGAAGAAGUUUCAUAAGGAAGGCGACACAAACCCUCAGCCUGGAAACUUUCUGACACGCGCAGGGCUGAGGGGGAGAGAGGAACUUUUGGCUGCUGCUGGGAAAAAGAAGAGGAAAAAAAAAAAGAGAAGCUGAAGGAAUUAAAAGGGAGAAAAAAAAAAAAAAAAGAAGAAAGAAGGGAAAGCACUCGAAAAGGGGCGAUGCCGGCGCUGGGGCCGAGCCCGCGCUGAGCCCGCGGUGCUGGCCUGGCACUGCCACCCCUGCCAGCCUCGGGAGAGCACGGAGCGGCCCAGGAUGCCUGCGGAGGGACCCGGGACUCCUCUCUGGACAUAAGGGGGUGGCCGAGGGAGAGACAUGUGGGGACAGCGCCCUGCCAGCCGGCACAGAUCUCCCUGCUCCGACACGGACACGAGCGGCGCUGACCAUGGCCACAGCUUGGAGGUUCCUCACCUGGACCGUCACCCUCGGCCUGGCCGGGGGCACCUUCCCUGGCUUCCCCUUCCAGUCACAAGAGGAAUUCCUCUCCAGCUUGGAUCACUAUGAGAUCGCCUUCCCCAUCCAAGUGGACCAGAACGGGGAUUUCCUCACCUUCGACAUGCGCCGGCAGCUGAGGCCGCGGCCGCGGCGCUCGCUGCCCUACGAGCCCUCGGAGCAGCAGGUCUUCUACAAAGUCUCUGCCCACCACACGCAGUUCCUGCUCAACCUCACCCUGCACUCCAACCUGCUGGCCGAGCACUUCACCGUGGAGUACUGGAAGCGGGACGGGGUGGACUGGCAGCACGACUUCCACGAGGACUGCCACUACGCCGGCCACCUGCAGGACCAGCACCUCAGCUCCAAGGUGGCCAUCAGCAACUGCAACGGGCUGCACGGGGUGAUCGUGGCGGAUGAGGAGGAAUAUUUCAUCGAGCCCCUGAGCCCUGGAGCCAACAUCAGCACGGGGGGAGAGGGCAAGGGCAGCCCCCACGUGGUGUACAAACGCUCGUCCCUGCAGUACCCUCACAUGGAUGCAGCCUGUGGAGUGAUGGACGAGAAGCCCUGGAAGGGGAGGCACUGGUGGCUGAGGACGCUGAAACCCUCCCCUCUGAAGCCCUCGGGCAACCACAGCCAGCGGGGCCAGCUGCCCCUGAAGAGGUCGGUGAGCACCGAGCGCUACGUGGAGACCCUGGUGGUGGCUGACAAGAUGAUGGUGGGCUACCACGGCCGCAGGGACAUCGAGCAGUACAUCCUGGCCAUCAUGAAUAUUGUUGCCAAACUUUUCCAGGACUCGAGUCUGGGCAAUAUUGUCAAUAUCCUGGUCACCCGGCUGAUCCUGCUCACCGAGGAUCAGCCCACGCUGGAGAUCAACCACCACGCCGGGAAAUCCCUGGACAGCUUCUGCAAGUGGCAGAAAUCCAUCGUCAACAGGAACGGCAACGGGAACGCCAUCCCGGAGAACGGCAUCGCCAACCACGACACCGCCGUGCUGAUCACCAGGUACGACAUUUGCAUCUACAAGAACAAGCCCUGUGGCACCCUGGGCCUGGCCCCCGUGGGUGGGAUGUGUGAGCGGGAGAGGAGCUGCAGCAUCAACGAGGACAUCGGGCUGGCCACGGCCUUCACCAUCGCCCACGAGAUCGGCCACACGUUUGGCAUGAACCACGACGGGGUCGGCAACAGCUGCGGCUCACGGGGGCAGGAGACGGCCAAGCUGAUGGCUGCUCACAUCACCAUGAAGACCAACCCCUUCGUGUGGUCCACCUGCAGCAGGGACUACAUCACCAGCUUCCUGGACUCGGGGAUGGGAUUGUGCCUGAACAACGCUCCUCCCAAGCAAGAUUUCAUCUACCCCACAGUGGCUCCGGGCCAGGCCUACGACGCCGACGAGCAGUGCCGCUUCCAGUACGGAGUCAAAUCCCGCCAGUGUAAAUACGGGGAAGUCUGCAGCGAGCUGUGGUGUCUGAGCAAAAGCAACCGCUGCAUCACCAACAGCAUCCCGGCAGCUGAGGGCACCAUCUGCCAGACCAACACCAUCGACAAGGGGUGGUGCUACAAGAGGGAGUGUGUGCCCUUCGGGACGCGGCCGGAGGGCGUGGACGGAGCCUGGGGGUCCUGGUCAUCGUGGGGCGAGUGCAGCCGGACGUGCGGCGGUGGCGUGUCCUCGUCCGUGCGCCACUGCGACAGCCCCAGGCCCACCAUCGGAGGGAAGUACUGCCUGGGGGAGAGGAAACGCUACCGCUCCUGCAACACCGACGACUGCCCGCCGGGCUCGCAGGACUUCCGAGAGCUGCAGUGCGCCGAGUUCGACAACGUGCCCUUCCGAGGGAAGUACUACACCUGGAAAACCUACCGGGGAGGGGGUGUCAAGGCCUGUUCCCUCAACUGCCUGGCCGAGGGCUUCAACUUCUACACGGAGCGGGCGGCGGCCGUGGUGGACGGGACCCCGUGCAGGCAGGACUCCAACGACAUCUGUGUCAACGGGGAGUGCAAGCACGUGGGCUGUGACCGGGUGCUGGGCUCCGACGCCAAGGAGGACAAGUGCCGGGUCUGUGGGGGAGAUGGCAGCUCCUGCGAGACCAUCGAGGGCGUCUUCAACCAGUCCCUGCCCGAGGGAGGUUACGAGGAGGUGAUCCAGAUCCCCAAGGGCUCCGUGCACAUCGACAUCCGGGAGCUGAACCUCUCCAUCAACUACCUGGCGCUGCGAGGGGACAGCGGGGAAUAUUUCAUCAACGGGAAGCUCUCCAUCGAUCCCCCCCGGCGCUUCGACAUCGCCGGCACCACCUUCCACUACAGGAGGUCUCCUGAGGAGCCCGAGUCGCUGGAGGCUUUGGGACCCACCAACAUCACCCUCUUUGUCAUGGUGCUGGUGCGGACGGAGCCGCAGGGGAUCCGCUACAAGUUCAACGCUCCCGUGGGCAGAGAUGGCUCCAGCCUGUACUCCUGGCACUACACCCCAUGGACCAAGUGCUCCGUGCUGUGUGCAGGGGGCAGCCAGAUCCAGUCCGUGGUGUGCAGGAAACUCUCUGAUGGCUCAACUGUCCCCAACCAUUUCUGCAGCGCUGACACCAAAGUCCCCGAGCGCCAGAGGAGCUGCAACACCGAGCCCUGUCCCCCGGCUUGGGCCAUCGGGAACUGGUCCGAGUGCAGCCGGAGCUGCAACGAGGGCGUCCGGACCCGCAGCGUCUUCUGCAAGAGGAAGAUCUCUGCCAGCGAGGAGAAAACCCUGGAUGACGCCUCCUGCACUCAGCCACGGCCAAAGAUGCUGGAGCCCUGCAACAACCAAACGUGUCCUCCCGAGUGGGUGGCCCUGGACUGGUCGGAGUGCACCCCGAGCUGCGGGCCCGGCUUCCGCCACCGCAUCGUCCUGUGCAAGAGCGGCGACCACAGCGUGACCCUGCCCACCUCGCAGUGCCACGAGGCCACCAAGCCCCCCACCAGCAUGAGGUGCAACCUGCGGCGCUGCCCCCCGCCCCGCUGGGUCACCGGCGAGUGGGGAGAGUGCUCUGCCCAGUGCGGCCUCGGGCAGCAGAGGAGAUCCGUGCAGUGCCUGGCGCACACCGGGCAGCCGGCCAUGGACUGCGUGGAGGCCCUGCAGCCCCCAGGGAUGCAGCAGUGCGAGAGCAAGUGCGAGUCGGGGCCCACGGACAACCCCGAAGAGUGCAAGGAUGUGAACAAGGUGGCCUACUGCCCGCUGGUCCUCAAGUUCAAGUUCUGCAGCCGGACCUACUUCCGACAGAUGUGCUGUAAAACCUGCCAGGGCCACUAGGACACAGCGGGACCCAGCGGGAGCCCCGUGGCAAAACUGGAAGGCCAGAGCUUCACUGGAGGGCUGCCGAGCCCUGCCCUCCCUGGGAACCUGCCCUGGCUCCCACGCUGACUCCGGUCACGCUUCCACGGGCGUCACCCCAACCCGUCCCCACAGCCCCCUCGGCCCCCGAGCUUCACCGAGGCAGGUUCCCAGUUAAACCACUGCAGCCCCAGCUGGAUGAGCGCUGGGAGAGGGGGGAGCUGGGCAGAGCAGGGACUUUACUUGAAAUUCUGAUGUUGUUAUUUAUUAGUAGCGGAGCCAGGUCCUGCUGGGGGAAGCGGCACCGCUCGCCCCUCGCUCCUGCCUCAUCCUGCUCCGUGCCCCCAGGGCACCAUCGCGGGGUUUGGGCACUCCCGGGGCUGCUGCCCUUCCCUCGGGACCCCAGGGGAGCCAGGGAGGAGGGUUCAGGUGCCUCGGGUGACCAGCGUGGCUCGUGGCUCCUGGGUGAUGGAUGGAGAGGAGCCACGGGGGGAGUGGGGCUGGAUUUUGUCUCCUUGGGUUGCACCUCGGGGCUGGGAUCAGGUCACCCCUGAGCAGGGGGUGACACCAACCUCCUGUAGCCACCAGCUUGGAUUGGGCUGUUCCCCUGUUUGCCCUUGUCACUUUUAGGACCAGUUUUUACCCCUUGAAGCACGAGCUGAGCUGGGGGCAGAGGGGUGCAGUCACUUCGUGGGCAUCGAGGCUGUGCCAGGCUCAGGGAGAGCAGCACAGGAGGGUGCAGGACAAGAAUGGGCCUGGCACAGUGUCCCCAGGGCCUGGCACAGUGUCCCCAGGCCUGGCACAGCAGGACACUGCCCAGAGACAGCCUCAGCCUCACUUCCAAAGGUGCUUGACUUCCAAAGGUGCUUUUCCUCCGAAAGGUGCUUUGCCUCCAAAGGCAGCCUGGCCACGUGUGGCUGUGGCCUCAAGGUGCCAGCCCCAGUGCCACCCACUCCUCUGCCCACAGGAGGCCUCCAGUGAUGGGAAAAGAACAUUGACAUUCCUCCAGGUCACCUCAUGGCCAAACCUGGGCCAAUUCCUCCACGGCAGCCUGUGGAGGAGACCUGACUUCAACUCUCCAAAGUGCUUUUUGUUGGCAUUGUAAUUGUUAUUAUUAUGAUCCUUUUCAGGCCUUUCCACAUCACAGCGAUGGGAAACCUUUGUCCAAAGCCGUGUUUUGUUCCCUUGGGGCCAUCCCUGUGGUGCAGGGAGGGGACAGACCCUUCCCCCAGAGCAAAGCCCCCGUGUGUUCCUCUCCCAGCUCCAUUUGUGUGUCCACCUGCUCCUCGGCCGAUCGCAGCUUCUCUGGUGCUCAGCAAACCUCGUUUCUCUUCCUUCCUGGUGCCAUGCUCAGUUCUGAUGUUUUUUGGGUGAGGGGAGGGGGUGUUUUCACCAUUUUUAUAUCGAUAUAUAUCCUACUGACCAAUGUUUAACAUACUAACUCUGAGGAGGAGCGACGUAAGGCAUGAAUUAUAAUAAAGGAGUAGCUACGAUCCCGG